AUGAAGCUGGAGUCUAGAAGAGGAGUCAUGAAGCUGAAGUCUAGAGGAAGAGUCAUGAAGCUGGAGUCUAGAAGAGGAGUCAUGAAGCUGAAGUCUAGAGGAAGAGUCAUGAAGCUGGAGUCUAGAAGAGGAGUCAUUAAGCUGGAGUCUAGAGGAGGAGUCAUGAAGCUGGAGUCUAGAGAAGAAGGAGAUGAGGGAGUCAUGAAGGAGUCUGGAGAAGGAAGACAUAGUUUGAGUAGAGGAUACAGUCAUGAAUCUGGCGUGGUGAGAAAAGAGUCAUGCAGCUGGAGUCUAGAAGAAAGAGUCAUAAAGCUGGAGUCAAGAGGAGGGAGUCAUGAAGCUCGAGUCUUGAGGAGAGAGUCAUGA